ACAAAUCACGGAGAUAUUCUAUUCAGUAUACUUCUGGAAUUACAGACUUUCUUAGUUUUUGUCACUUUGGAUUUAUACAUUUCCUCCAUCUUCUUGGAUUGAUUUGUUAUCUGCCUUAAUAUUCCCUCUGUGGUCCUCUGCAAAAUGUCGGACAGAACAAUGGCGCGGCAAGUACUGCUGUUUAUUUGGUUUCUCUCUCUCAGUUCGGCUCUCGGGCAGGUCAGUUACUCCAUUCCUGAGGAAAUGACGAAAGGCUCUUUAGUCGGGAACAUAGCGCAGGAUUUGGGUUUAGAUUUAAAGAGACUGAAAUCGGGUAAAGCGCGUAUUUAUACAGGAGACAGCGCUGAAUACAUCGAGCUGAAUAAAGAGAGAGGAGUCCUCCUUAUCAAAGAGAGAAUAGACCGAGAGGCGCUAUGCGGACAGACAACGCCUUGCGCCCUACAUUUCCAGAUAAUUUUUGAAAAUCCAAUAGAGUUUUACUCCAUUACAGUCGAAGUUACAGAUAUAAAUGACCAUUCGCCAUCUUUUAAACGAGCUGAGAUGAUAUUCAGAAUUAGUGAGUCAGCUACGACUGGAGCAGUUUUUGUUUUAGAGAGAGCGAUGGAUUUAGAUGUCGAAAUAAACGGCCUUCAGACUUAUAUAUUAAAGCCCACUGAUAACUUUUCAUUAAAAUUACAGACUCAGGCAGACGGUAGUAAGUUAGUAGAAAUGGUUCUUCAGAAACCUCUCGAUCGUGAAAAGCAAGAGCAUUUGUCUCUGGUUCUGACAGCGAUAGAUGGAGGUGAUCCACAAUUGUCUGGAACUGCGCAGAUACAUAUUACGGUUUUAGAUGUGAACGAUAAUGCGCCUGUUUUUACGCAUAAAAUAUAUAAAGCGAGUAUCACCGAGAAUGCUCUUAAAGGCACAGUUGUGACGACGGUGAGAGCUUCUGAUUUGGAUGAGGGAUCUAACGGCAAAAUUGCAUAUGCUAUUACAAAUACCCUCGACAAUGUUCCGGAGUUGUUUGAAAUUAACGAAACAAACGGUGAGGUGAGAGUAACAGGGAAUAUAGAUUACGAGAAAGCUCGCCACUAUCAAAUUCAUGUACAGGCGGGCGAUGACGGGGGUCUGACUGAUUCUUGUAAGAUCGUUCUGGAUGUGAUUGAUAUAAAUGACAAUAAACCACAGAUCAACAUCAUGUCUAAAUUAACCACAAUAUCAGAAAACUCUAAUCCUGGAACUGUUGUAACUGUGAUAAACGCACAAGACCCAGAUGCAGGAGAAAACGGUAAAAUUGAUUGUUCAAUUCUUGGGAGCAUUCCUUUUACCUUGAAGUCGACAAAUGCUAAUUUCUUCACUUUAGUCACAGAUGGUGAUUUAGACCGAGAGCGCGUGUCUGAUUAUAACAUCAGUGUGACGUGCGCGGAUGAGGGCGUGCCCUCUCUCUCCAGCCACGUCACUCUCUCCUUACAGAUAUCAGAUGUGAAUGAUAACGCACCUGUCUUUGACAAGAGCUCAUACGAGGCCUCUUUUCAAGAAAACAACACACCGGGUCUUUCCAUAUUUAUCGUUCUGGAUGUGAUUGAUAUAAAUGACAAUAAACCACAGAUCAACAUCAUGUCUAAAUUAACCACAAUAUCAGAAAACUCUAAUCUUGGAACUGUUGUAACUUCAGGCGCUUCUGUGGUGGCUGAAAUAGUGCCUCGUUCGGCAGAUGUGGGUUAUCUGGUCACUAAAGUGGUGGCUGUUGAUGUGGACUCUGGUCAGAAUUGA